UACAAAAUGGCUGAAUUGCCCGUGCCCGAGCUGUCAAACAACUCAAACAGGACUUGAUUUGAUUGAUUACAAGAAAAAGGAAUUGUAUCUGCAAGAGUAGCAAGGUGAAAUCAGCAAUGAGCGGUCGUUACGACUACAGCAAAGGGUCGUCUCGAUCCGCGCGUGAUGAUUCUAGGCAGGAGAGGCGGCGGGAGCGCGACAGGUCCCGGUCGCCGCGCUCGAGGUCUCCGAGGCGCCGUUCUCCUGAAGUCAGUCGCAAUCGCUACUCUAAGGGACGGUCGAGGGAACCAGAUACUAGUCGUGACAGAGACACAGUUACAAAGCCCGUCAAAAUUCCGAAACACACAGAAUGGGAUGAGUCCAGCGACGAGGAGGUCCCUGCCCCACCUCCCCCUCCUAGAAUCAGCAAGAUCAGCAUUGGGUUUGCAAAGCCGGCUGCGCCCAUCAAGAUGAAUCUCGGUGCAAAGCCUAGUGGUAAGGCUUCGAAGCCGACCAUUGCGUCUGUCUUCAAUGCUGAUGAUGAUGAUGAUGAGCCUGAGGAGAUGCCUGCUGAAGCCAGGAUGAGGAUGAGAAAUAUUGGAAGAGAAACACCAACAUCAGCCGGCCCAAACUCCUUUGGCAAAACCAAACAGGGCUUCUGCGAUGCCAAGAAGCUGUUUGAAAAGAACCUAAAGCAACAACUAGAUGAUACAAAUGAAAGGCCUGUCUUACCCAAAUUUCCACAGACUAUCUAUAAGAUAAAACCUACAUGAGGAGUGUUGUCUGUUUAAUGACUGGUCUUUGUGAAUUAUAAUGAUUUUUUUUUUGUCAAAACCAAAACCACUGCCACUGUUAUAAAAUGAUUUUACAAUACAAAUACUCUUUUCACUUCUCAUGCUCGUAAAGUUCGACCGGCGUGCCCCUCGCCCCCGACACAACAGAGUACAAUUUUCUUUAGUCUUGAAUAAACACGGUAAAAUAACCUACAAUAUUGGAUAUUCUUGUAUAUUUUACUUACAAAUCUCACAAUCGAAGUGAAAAGUAGAGUGUAUAACUCAGGCAUAAAUGUCCAUUUUUAUCCUCGACUAUAUUGGUCCUCGCUAUGCUCGGACUAAUAAAUUGUCUCGCGUGAAAAUGGAUCGCUUUAUGCCCUUGUUGUACAAUCUACUAUUAUUGCACACCUCAAUAGAGAAAACACAAAAAGAAAACAGCAACAGAAGUAGAGGUAAACAACAGGCGGCCUUAUCGCAAAAAAGCGAUUUUGUCCAGACAGACGAUUUAAAGUUGAAACAAAAAAAAUAAAAACUUUUUUUUUGGUACCAGAAUUGCAAAUUACAACCAAAUCUUUUAUACUACUGGCUCUGUGAGCUAUCGACCUUACGAACCUCCACGGUUGUAAAAUCUGUGACAUUUUGUGAAAAUUCACGGAAAAAAUAUUUGCACAACUUAUAGAACCUGCUCACAGAAAUUCACGAGAAUCGGAUGAGAAAUGCGAGAGAGAACCGCCAGACAAACAUGAAAGCAUAUUUGCCCAAGCUGACACAUUAACGUUUAAUUUUGUCAAUAUGGUUUCAUAGUGUCACUUGACUUGAUUAGCAUUUUGAUCCAACUAGGGAACAAAUAAAAUUAUUUUACAAAUACAAAUAUCUUUAUUUAUUUAUAUCUUUAUUUUUUGGUCUCACACAUUCUACCAGAAACUGGUAUGCAAAAUUAUUACAUAUUUUUUAUGAAAUAUUUUGAUUUCUGUGGUGUGGAAUUGUUCGCUUUUUCUUUAGUGUAUCAAGUGUAUGAUAUCUAUUUCAAUUUAUAGCAUUUUGAUGUUAAUAAAAUCAUUACAAUUCACAUAGACAGACUGUUAUUCAUUAACAUGUUACCUAUGCUAGUUAAGUGGUCAUUUUAUUAACUUAACUGACAUCGGGGCAUGUUCAAAUUUAUAAUAAGAUUUAGCGUUUAGCUUGUGUAGUUACAAUGUUUGAAUUGACAAUGAAUUAUAUUUUAUGUUACUAUGAUGGUGCAAGUAGAAGUUUAAAUGAAAUAAGAGUUUUAGAUGUUGAGUGCUCCCUUUUUACUCUUUGUAAUUAAAACCGUAACAGCUACGUAAUAAGAUACAAAGUUGUGUUUUUAUUAGAUUACAGUUGGAUCAUAGUUUUAGUGUAUCUAAUGUGAUUGCACCGAAUUUAACGUGUCGAAGUAUGGAGUGCCAUAGUUUUCAUAGAAAUUUGACGUUAUUGUGACACUGCCACACUUUGUCAGUCUACAGAGUUAGCUUGGUCUGACUCUGACUUAAUACGGAAAUACGUACUUACAUAUUCACAUUUUUUGCUUUAAACACACAAGCUUUUUUUAAUAUUGAUCGAUUUUUCUACUUAGUAACAGAAAAACGCCGUAAGAGUGUUUAUGUCUUGUCAGUUUUAUUAAAUAGAAAAUGUUUAGUAGUGCUGAAAGAUCGUGCCUUGAAAAUCAAUUCGGAUCAUUGUUAUAUCGACAUUUUCUAGAAAGUCAGUAUUUUCAGCGCGUUAAAUAUAAGGUCAUUGCUAAGGGUGUUUUUACAUUGGGUCGUUUACGUUUUGCAGUCCCCGAAUCAAUGUACAAUUGACAUUGUUUUCAGCGGCGAACGACCCAGUGCGAUUGCACUCAUAAAUAUUUACAAAAUUGUGAUGUAUUAUUAUAUUUUACUUUACGAAUGUAUUCAAAAGGCGCUAGCUUCUUCACAAGAGUUGAACGAUCGUGUGUAUCUUUUAUAGACUUGAAUAUAAUUUUAUUGCUCA